UGUGAGGACGUGGCAUGAGGGUGGGGUACUUACAGGUAUUAUGGGGGAUACUUCUCCUGGGAUUACCUCUGGUGGACUCUAAUGACUCGCUCCAAGCUCUUCUGGCCGCCGCCCUUUUUGUUCCAGUCUUUGCUUUUUUCGCUGGAGGGGUAAACCUGACCCCGGGGCAGUUAGCCCUCCUUGGUAUAGCGGCCUACGCCGUCAACUCCGACUCCAUUUCUCCCUUCGCUUCCUCGUCGUCGUCCCUGUCUGCUGCGUCUCCAUCAGCGAGUGCUUUCGGCUACACAGCAGGAGGAGGAACUGGAUCAGGGUCAGGGUCUGGGACGGUAACAAUAACCGCAACAACAACCGCAGCGACUAAUGUGGUGACCGCAACGACAACCGCAACUCCAGGUGCCUGGUGUACAACCUCUGGAUACGCCUAUGAUACCGCGGCAGCUGUGUGUUAUAAAACCGUGACUACCCCCACCACGUGGACAGCUGCGGACGCCGCCUGUAAAGGCGACAGUGGACUCCUCAUUAAAGUGGACAACGAUGCUAAAUACAGUUUUUUAGUCAAUCAAAUAUCGUCCAAUACUUUACAAACAGUAUACAUACAAGGUAAAAGAGUAGACGCUAGUUCUAACUUCAUUUACGACGAUGGCAGCCAGAUAACAUACUUUAAGUGGGACCAGAACGAGCCAUCUACAGGCGCCACAGAUCUCAAGAUCCGCACCAACCAGGGAACAAAUCUAUGGACCGCCGUGGACGGUACAGAAAACGCAGCCUAUAUUUGUGAAGUUACCCAAUAGUGGAUAACGUCAUAUAACAAUGAAUAUUUUAGAAU